GACCGGCCGAAGAAGAGCAGAAGGCGGCAAAGUGAGAGGAGAGAAACAGCGAGAAGAGGGGGAUUAGAGGGAAGAGAGGAAAACAACGGAAAACAGGGGACUAUUUUAAUCCCGUAUCCAGUGUACAGCGGGUUAGUGAGUGUGUGUUUAAUUCAGCCUUGUGUUAAAUCCUCUGGACUUCUCUUCUUAUUGGAAUUCUUCGUUCCACCUUAAACUUUCAGGCGCUGAAUAGAAAAGCGCUGCUCUGUUUAAGGUGGAAUUGAGGAUUGUAGCUAGCUAAUAGAAGGAGUCAUGGGUUUGCUGGAGCAGUGCGAGCAGCUGUUUGGUUCCUCCAGUCUGUAUGAGGUGCUGGGGGUCCAGAAGGGGGCUUCAGACGCUGAUAUGCGGCGCGGCUACUACAAGCUCUCCCUGCAGGUUCACCCUGACCGAGCCCCCGGGGAUGAGCAGGCCACCACCAAGUUCCAGAUUCUCGGAAAGGUUUAUGCUGUGUUAAGCGACAAGGAGCAAAGGGCUGUGUAUGAUGAACAGGGCAUAGUGGAUGAAGAAUCAGACUCCAUUGAUCAGGACCGUGACUGGGAAGAACAUUGGAGGAGGCUGUUUCCAAAGAUCACCCUUCAGGACAUCUUAAACUUUGAGAAGCAGUACAAGGGCUCAGAUGAGGAAGUGCAGGACCUGAAGAGGCUCUACCUGCUUCAUGAGGGAGACAUGGACCACAUCAUGGACCACGCACUGUGCUGUGAGCACGGAGAUGAGCCUCGCAUCCGGGAGAUCCUUCAGAAUGCCAUAGAUGCUGAAGACAUACCUGCUUACAAAGCUUUCACCCAUGAGAGCACCAAGAAGAAGGCCAACCGCAAAAGGAAGGCCAAGAAGGAGCAGCAGGAGGCGGAUGAGAUGCGGAAAGAGAUGGGACUGGAUGCUGAGGACAGUCUAGUGGCCAUGAUCCAGCAAAGACAGAAGUCCAAGGAGAAAGGCUUCAACUCUCUCAUCGCAGAUCUUGAGGCCAAGUACUGCAAGAAGCCCGCUGGAGGGAAGAAAGGGUCCAAAAAAAAGUGAGAGCUCAUUGUUCGUACCUGAACUGGAGAAACCUUUUGCAUCUCCCAGGACUGGCAAAGAGCUGGCGGCUCAGUUGUGACUGAAGGAACCUGCAGUGCGUGACUCUGGGCUGUUAUCCAUUCACAGCACACCAGAUGAGUUAUUUAUUAUACAGCUGAUGUGCAGUUAUGAACCCUAAAUGUGUUUACAAGCUUUAGGUUCACACUUAAAGGCCCACUGUCUGCUGUUUCCAUCCAUAGAACUGGGGUUUGUUUGAUUGAUUGGGAUUUCUUUUCCUGCUCUUAUGUUUGGUUUAUCAUGUAUAAACAAGUUGUAUGUAGUUGAUCUUAAGCUUUUGUGGCACUUUCACAUGUGUGUCUGUUGCAGUGGAACACACAUGCUCAUUUAAACAUGUUGGAAUUGAAUAAACUUUUUUUUUUU